UGAGCCGGCGUGAUCGUGCUUGAUUCAAGCCUGAGCCUCUCUGAUUGUGCCUGAUUUUAUCCCUGAGCAGCAUGAUGUCACAGAGAAUGCUCAUGAUGCAGUCCUACGAACUAGACGAGCCUAUAUUUAAUGAUAAGGCCCAUACAUUCGGAUCGACCUACCAUAGCGGAACCGGCACGCUGCAGCUGUACGCGAUGCAUCCAACUAAGCCCAGAGGAGCAGAUGGGAUGCCCGAGUACCACAAAACCAAAGUUAGAGGUUUUGAUUUGACUGAUAACUUGGACACUCAUCGUCAAGGCAUCGCUGCAUAUCGCAACCUGCGAGACUUGGCGAAAGAAAAGAGAGAUGACUUCAUUGCCUGUGCCAAUAAGAGAGCGGACAAUGAUGAGCUUGAGGCAGCUUCAGCCGACACUUACUUGACUUCAUUCGUCUCAAAUAGCCAGUCCACGCAACUCGAGGUCUUUACGGCUAAUUCUGACGAGGAAUCAGAUUCAUUCUCAAUCGACGAAUUGACAAUGCCAGCACUCCGAACUAAACGCACAAAGGCGCGCCAGCUCAGUCGUAAAAAGCAUAAGAGUAAUAUUAGCGACAUUCUCGGUGACGAGGACGACGAAUAGGCGUGAGUGGAUGCGCUUACUCGUGGUCGAGCCAGUUCAAAUCUCAAUCAAAGGGGCUCUGCCAAUGCACGGCUGGUGUCAAGAAUAUCGUUCCCACCACCGCUUUCACCGACCGAAGCACGUCAAAGAGGCAUAACAAAAGGACAGUAUUCGGCAUCAGCAACGUACUUUAGAACACUUUGGUUGUUUAGGCAUUCAAUCUACUCAAUUCACUCCGUGUUCUGCAACGCUACAAGUGCUC